CCCCCGACCCUCAACCAUGGUGCCGGGGGCACCCGGCGCAGCCCUGACCCUCUGCCUCUGGCUGGCGACCGCCGGGGGCUGCGUGGCGGCCGGCCCCGGCGCCGCGGCAGCACGGAGGCUGGACGAGUCGGCCGGGAGCGUCCAGCGGGCCCGCUGCGCCUCCAGGUGCCUCAGCCUGCAGAUCACGCGCAUCUCCGCCUUCUUCCAGCACAACCAGAACAACGGUUCCCUGGUUUGGUGCCAGAACCACAAGCAGUGCUCUAAGUGCCUGGAGCCCUGCAAGGAGUCUCGGGACCUGCGGAGGGAGCCGUGCCAGAGCUUCUGUGAGCCCCUGUUCCCCAAGAAGAACUACGAAUGCCUGACCAGCUGCGAGUUCCUCAAGUACGUCCUGGCCGUCAAGCAGGGGGACUGCCCUGCACCGGAGAAGGCCAGCGGCUUCGCGGCCGCCUGCGUGGAAAGCUGCGAAGUGGACAACGAGUGCUCGGGGGUGAAGAAGUGUUGCUCGAAUGGAUGUGGGCACACCUGCCAGGUGCCCAAGACGCUGUACAAAGGUGUGCCCCUGAAGCCCAGGAAGGAGUUACGGUUUGCAGAGCUGCCGACCGGCCAGCUGGAGAUUAAGUGGUCCUCCAAGUUCAAUGUUUCCAUCGAGCCUGUGAUCUACGUGGUCCAGAGGAGGUGGAAUUACGGGAUCCAUCCCAGCGAAGACGAUGCCACGCCCUGGCAGACCGUGGCACAGACCACAGAUGAGCAGGUGCAGCUGCCCAACAUCCGGCCCAGCAGGUGGUACCAGUUCCGAGUGGCCGCGGUCAACGUGCACGGGACCCGGGGCUUCACGGCGCCCAGCAAACACUUCCGCUCCUCCAGGGACCCGUCCGCCCCUCCCGCUCCGGCCAACCUGCGGCUCGCCAACGCCAGCACCCACAGUGACGGGACGGUGACCGUGACCCUGGUGUGGGACGUCCCUGAGGAGGCAGAUGUCCCUGUGCAUCACUACAAAGUGUUCUGGAGCUGGACCGUCAGCAGCAAGUCCCUCGUCCCCACGAGGAAGAAGCGGAGGAAGACUACGGACGGGACGCAGAGCGCCGUGGCCCUGGAGAGGCUGCAGCCGGACUGGGAGUACACAGCGGAGCUGCAGGCCAUCGCCUACUGGGGCCAGACCCGCCUCAAGAGCGCCAAGGUCGCCCUGCGCUUCACCCCCUCGCACGCGGCCGGCCACAAACAUCCGGGGAAGAGCAGGAUGGGCAUGGUGCGGGCACAGACCGCCCUCCAGGGCCGCCACCCCGCUCGCCUGCUGGAGAUCGGCGCGCCCUUCUACCAGGACAGCCAGCUGCAGGUCAAGGUGUACUGGAAGAAGACCGAAGACGCCAGCGUGAGUCGGUACCACGUGCGGUGGCUCCCCGAGGCCUGUGCGCACAACGAGACCGCUGGGCCGCGGUCCUCGUCGGCCACGACGCAGGAAAACUACAUAAUUCUGCAAGAUCUAUCGUUUUCCUGCAAGUAUCAGGUCACCGUGCAGCCCGCGGGGCCGAAGGGGCACUUGAAGGCACAGACGGUCUUUUUCAGGACACCGCCCUGCUCUGCGCUGAAGGGGAAGAGCCGCGGGCACACCAGCUGCCCUGGGCACGGACACGCAGGUCACGACCUCCCCAAAGUGCCGGCCAAGCCGGAGAACCUGUCCGCUUCCUUCGCCAUCCAGAACGCGAACGUCACGGGCCACUUCUCGUGGAAGAUGGCCCAGGCCGGCCUCUCUCCGCCCAGGACCGGCUUCCAGGUGACGUGGGCGGAGGUGACGACGGAGAGCAGGCCGAACAGCCUGCCAAACAGCAUCAUCUCCCAGUCGCAGAUCCUGCCCGCGGACCAUGACAUGCUCACGGUGCCCAACCUCAGGCCGUCCACCCUGUACCGGCUGGAGGUGCAGGUGCUGACCACAGGCGGGGAAGGGCCCGCCACCAUCCGGACGUUCCGGACGCCGGACCCGCCGCCGCCGGUGCACAGGUCCCCCCUGAAGCACCGCCAUCCCCACCAUCACAAGUUCCCUCCAGAAGGACGCUAACCUCGAAGAGGCAUGUGAGCACAGGUGCCAGCCCCGCUGGUCGAACCUGGGGGACUUGCCUCAGGCCUGGAGGAGCACAGCUGUUCCUUCCCGCAGCCCUGCCGUCUCCCAGGUAGCCCGUCCCCUUCGCUGAGGCCGGUGGGACACCGCAGGGCCCAGGAAACGAAGCCCACUGCCUGCGAGCUUCUUCUUCACACACGCGUGUGCUAGUCUCCACAGAGCUAUCACAGAGCUGGCGUUCCCCUGCAUUCCGUGGGAGCGGCAAAGUCUCAGAACAAAUCCAUGGCAACAGUGCAUGACCCACACGCAAACGAAGCCUGGUGGGACUCAACGGAGGCGUUCUAUCAAUUAUCGAUUGGAUUUGCGAAGCCAACUAAGGCGGUACAGUUUUCACGCCCUGUAUAUUCAAGUGUUGCCUGAGAUGAUUUCUAUUACGUGUGGGUUCGAACGGAAAAAUUUACCCUGAAAUGUUCCAAGUUCACGUACAUGUAAAGGUGUCCCCUCUUUAAAUACCACACGCUUUCUGUCAUAGGAAGACAGACGAGAGUUUAGUCCAUCUGUGAGGAUGGAUGAGCCACAGGUCAAACAGGCACGACCCAGGGAAGGAGCCCAGUGUCCAGAUUUCCAUUGCCUUGCAGAAGCGAAAUUGCUUCUCUGGGCUGCUUUCUAAUAUUUCGUCCUAUAACCCGAGAGAUCUUCUGGGGAUGCUCUCUUAUUUAUGUUUCCCUUUUCCCUCAUGAUAAUGGCUGCUGCUACGCUUGGCUCCUGAGUUCACGUAUAUCAACGUGUACUCACCCUCCUACUGAACGUGAAGGCGUCCCCACGACCGGCCCUGUUCCGGCUUUUCCCAAGCCCCGCCUUGGGUCGGUCCCAGGAAGCCCUUGGUGGUCUCUGUGGCAGAAACCAGGGCAGUGGCUUUCCUCGCGAGAGCACAGCUCCUUCCCCUUCGCCAGCCCUUGCUUCUUCAGACCUGCUGCAUGUUCCCGUGUGGAAGUGUCCCAGGCUGCCCCCUACUCCGUGAUCGCAGGAACCCAUGUCAUAGCGUGUUCUCAGUGUGUAGGGAUGCCAUGGACACUGGGCCACUGCCACCACAGACAUGUUCAGUGGCACCCUUGUUUCUCAAGGCGGUGCCCACGUUCGUGGUUUGAGAUAAUCACACGUGCAUGUCUGUAUAGUUACAGGUGUGCCUGCAUAUGUACACACACGCACAUACAUGUGGAGAGGUACCACCCACACACUGAGGAGAUGGUUUCGGCAGCUCCCCAGCGGUGGAGAAACACAGAGUUUCCCCUGCAGCCCCCGUGGACGGCACAUCUUCCCCAUCCCUGUCCCUCCUAUGAGAAAAGAGCAGUUUGUCCGAAGGACACACUUGGAAGGCAAGGCUUCCUCGUCUCCUGGUCCACCCACCAGGAGUGAGGACAUUUUCGGGACCGUUCUCCUUAGGUUCUGCAGUAGGACUGGUCCUGGUUGGGGGCGGUGUCCCCGGGUGCGUGUGAAUCCUCUGAAUCCCUGCUCAGAGCGCCUGCGGCUGGCGUCUCCUAGCAGGUGCGACACACAGCAGAGAGAGGCGUGUGCACGGGCCCGGUCCUGUCUGAGAGCAGACAGAGAACCAUGCCCCAUGCGUUCAGAUUCGCACAGGGCGCACCGUGUGGCGGUGGUCUGCCUCCCUGCAGGGGGGACAGGGAGGGGAACCUCAGAAUGGCAGUGGGUGCCGGUUCUGAACCAGACGCGGUCUGGGAUGUGCGACGUCGGCCGGUCCGAGAAUGACCCAUUUUCACUGGAGACGGCAGGACAGGGCUUCCUUUAAAUGCCCCCCCUUCCCCGCACCCCAUCUGCCUCUAAAGCUACAGUUUAUCCCACCGUCAUGACCUGCAUCCGAAUUUCUAAUUCCUAGGAUUUCAGAAAUAAAGAGUUGCAACCAUCAGCUCCAAGGUCCUCUUUCCCCUUAAUUCGUCACGAACCGAUCCCAGAAUUUGUGCCAGCAAAUUUUUGUAUCCUUGUAUGGUUUACAAUGCAGGCAUGUAUACAUGGAUACAAAAUUAUUAUUACUAUAUAAGUUUAAUUUUAUAAAAUUUAAUCAUGUUUCUUUGGUGAAUAGACGCUGAGCAAAUACACGUUUAGUUCUAAUGAAGGUUUGAGACUUGUCUCUUCCUUAGGAAAUCUCAAGGUCUUCUUACUGGCAUCUAAUGUUGCUAGAAUAGUCAAUAAUUUAAAUUUUAUGACUAUGACUGGAAGAAAAUGCUAUUAAUGACACAACAAAAGAAGCAUAGCUGCUUUCACGAAUGUCAGUAGUCACCAAUAGUAUUCAAAUGAGAAAAAAACAUAGUUGCCGUGUUGUGAAUGAUAAACAUUCGGGUGCCCCCAUGAAGGGAUGGAAUCUAUGUUUUCAUAAAAACAUAGUUUUCAUGGCUAAGUUUCUAAUACAUCUUAUUGAAAUCAGAGGCAUUUCUCAUAUGAAAAAAAUACAGGGUGGGCAACAACCAGGUUUACAGCGUGUAUGGGAAAUGAUACAAGAAUGAACUUGGUUUUGCAUCUUCACGACUGGAAACCGACUUUUGCCCACCCUGUAUCUUCAGGAACGGGCUCUGCUCUUUAAAGAAAUCGAGCCCGUGAACCACAGAUGCGUUAAAUAUGGGGGCUGACGUGAUCCACCGGGCAGCUGUGGGCGUGCUUUUCACUGAAAACCCUCAGCAUUUGCAGUGGGUCCUCCUGUCUUUCAAAGUAUGGCCGCGUGGGGUGAUUUCCCUGAUCCAACACCCGCCCUUUUUAGUCCUUCACAGUUUUCCUGUGGUACGUUAGAGGCAACACAGUCAGAACAGGUCCCACGUUCCCAUGUCCCCCCAACAGAAUUCCAAGUUUACCCGGACGACUGCACCCCAGACACCUAACAGAGCCCGUGACCAGGUCUGCAGCGAGGGUUCUCACCGCAGCUCCGCUGACCUGCGGCGGGGGCUGACUGGUGUCCGUGGCAGAGACGGUGCUGUGGGUCGUAGGGACGGUCCCGGACACCGUAGGGGUGGCCCUGGGCAUCUUGGGGAUGGUGUUGUACUUUGGGAGGUGCUAAGCGCCACCCCUGGUCUCCGCCUGCCAGAGUCAGGAAGCACAUCCCCCACCGUGUGGCACCGAAAACACCUCCAGACAUUGCCAACCCCGCUCUCCCUGGAGGGGGGGGCAGAUACCCCUGCAUCUUAAUAGUGAGAAGAACAUUUGCCCCGUAGGAGGACUCCCGGCAGGAGGAACAGGGGGGAGCUUACCACGUGGGGCCUCAAAGCCCCAAACUGUGUGUGUUCUGUCCACGGACAAACCUGCCUAAUAGGGUGCAUCUGUAACUUGUGUGUGCACCACGCCAGAGCAAACAGAAAUGUCGUACAUACCUGUCCUGGUCACCUGUGGGAGCGCCUGGCUGGCAUCUGCCCUUUCUUACACGGGUGCACAGACUCCCUGCCACGAUCCCAGGUGUCUGUCUGUCUUCUCGCAGAUUCUCGUGUGGAGACCGCGAUGCACACGCUACACGUCUAGUGCAUGUACUUUGUAACUCCCGGGGACGCCAUGGGGUGUAGACAGGUGGUGCGUCUGACGUGCAGCAUGGCAGGCUGAGUCUCGGUUCUCUCCGGAGGACUCUGGCAAGGGAGAUACGUGAUUAACAGAAGUCUAUAUGUAAGGUAACUAUUUUUAUUUACUUCCCUCUAUUCUUGGAGCUCAGAUAACAAAUGGCUACAUUCGCAUCCACACAGUCUGUGCACAUCACGACCAUUCUAGGGGCCAUUGAAAGCCCGUAUUUAUUUAUGUAUGUGGUAAAAAUUUGAUUUCUGUGUGUGUAUCUGACACGUUAUUUAGAGGCGUAAUCUUGUAAAGAAAAAUGUAAAAAAACCCCAAAAGGUAUUGUACAUAGCCUGAGAUUCUGUGACUCCUUAUUUUCAUGUUAGCAUUUGUACAUACUGAUUCAGUAAUAAAGUCUCCUGGAGCCUGUCCACUGGA